AUGGGGUCCCUCCAUCCCUUCCAGAUCGUGUCCGCCGCCGCCCGCGGCGGCUCCUCCCCGUAUGUGCUACUGGCCGGAGACCGGUUUCGGGGAUUCCAGUUUCCCUUCCCCCCGACGCCACGCAUGGUGAGGGGGAAUCCCUCCCGUUGCCGGCGGUCGACGAUCCCUGUCCCUGGCCGGUUAAUAUGCCGCAGUAGUGGCGGGGGGGCUAGCACAGUGAAGGAGAGGAAGGGAACGGAGACGAAGGGGAAGGUCUGCGUCGGCGUCCGUCUGGAUCAUCAGGUCAAGUUCGGCGAGCAGGUCGUGAUUAUGGGCUCGCACAUGGCGCUUGGGUCGUGGAAGAAGGGCGUCCCGAUGUCGUGGACGAAAGACGGGUGGGUGGCAGAACUGGUGUUCGAUCAAGGGGAGGGCUUCGUGGAGUACAAGUUCGUUGUAGCGACCCACAGCGGGCAGUUGAAUAUGUGGGAGAAUGGGGAGAACAGAGUGCUUGAGCUCCCCCCCGGGGGGGUGUUCAACAUAGUAUGCCACUGGGACAAGACCAAGGAGAGCGUGAAUCUGAUCAGAGCUGGUGCGGAUGAGCACGGAUCGAAUGUGGAAGAAAAGGGGAACGAGAGUGCUGAUAAGGACAGUGGAAAUCUGGAGGACGUGGAGCAGAGUCCUUUUGUGGAGCAGUGGCAGGGGCGGGCCGCCUCCUUCAUGCGGUCCAAUGAACAUAGGAACAGGGAGAGCGAGAGGAGUUGGUCGACGGAAGGAUUGGAGGGUGUCUCACUGAAGCUUGUGGAGAGUGACCGCGGUGCUAGAAAUUGGUGGAGGAAGGUAAGUCUUCGGUUCGUUUUGAAGUGCAUUUGAAAUACUUUCUAACUUUUCUCCUCUCAUCAUCUUGUCUAUUAAAGAAACUGUCCACUUAUUUAAUUCGAAGUUUCGAUAAAUAAUAUUUGAAGGACUGGUGGAUUGUGCUUUGGAAUCAGCAUAAACAGUGAAAUGAAUUGCCUCUCAUGUAUGAUUAUCUCUUCUAGAAAGUAUUCCCAUAUGAAGGGAUGCCAAACUCAGCUUCCAAUUCGCCACAUUGUGUUCUUUGUUUGGGAUAUUACAUUAACUGGUGAUCGCCUGGUUGUCUCACGUUAGACAUGCUUUUUAUAAAUUAAGGAAUGCAUCAACGAUGAUUGUGACAAUCACCACAAUAACAAUGAGCGAAUAUAUUUAUGCAUGGAUUACCCUGACAAAUAUUGUAGAAUCUUUCCUUUGAAUAUUGCAUUGCGUGAUGCAUUAACUGUUUCUUUUUUUUUUUAAAUGAAUGGGAGUCACUCGUUUUAACUUUUCUAUAAAAAUGCACAUAAGAUCUAGUAGUUUUUAGAGAACGGAAAUGUUCUUGGACACCAUGAUUAGUUGAAAGGUACCUAGUUUGUGUAACUUGGCAUUUUGAAACUUGGAAGCGCCUCAUGCCAUGCUAAAAUGGUGACGAAAUGAAUUUAGCACAGAAACUAUGUCGCCUUGGAGUAAAUACUAACGCCAUUCACCUGAUAAAGUCAUCUCAUGCCAAAAUUUGAUCACUCUCUUCAUCUCUCCAGAAUAUAUUCAUAUGGUAGAAUAGAAUACAAAUAGAGAAGUAAAGAAGUUUAUCCUAUUGGAGUAUUAAGUGCACAUUAUUUUUCUGAUGAAAAAUACUCAUAAGAUUAAUUACGAGAUUGAAUUAUGUUCUUAUUUUUGCUUUUCUGGGUCAGAGGAUGCACUUCGAGUGGCAUAAGAUAAUGUUGCAGAAAAAGAUUAUGUAGUCUGACUUAGCCUUUGAAGAUCUAAGGUCUCGGUCUUUAGCCCUUCCUCAAUUCUCCUGGAAGUGGUUGUUAGUCAUGAAGCAAAAUAUCCGGCUGUGCUUUGAGAAAUAAGUUGUGUUAUAGCUGAAGUAUUUACUUUCUCAAUGAAAUAAAAAUAAGCGCCAGUUAAUGCCGUGCUGUUGAUAUGCAAGCGUGAAGAGAAAAUUUGUAUUUUGUUUACUAUUGACAUGUUAUACACAAGUUACCUGAUCAUGUCUAUUAUUAUCUUCUUGUGAGUACAAUGAUUCAAGAUGAUGAUAAUUUAUUAGUCUAAAUAGUUGAUGGUUCCAAUUUUCGUCUUUGUGAAAUGUUUAUUUAAUUAUUUAACCAUUACCAUGAAUUUUAUUUACAGAUGUUCCAAAAUGUUCACAAGUCAACAGGUUAACCGUUGUAUUUAAUCCAUCACAAGUUUAUGCAAUCCUUUCAUUCUGCUUCUGUAACUAUUACCAUGCUUAUGCAGUUAGAAGCUGUGCGUGAGCUUUUUGAUGCAAAUCAGGAACAGGCAAAUCAGUUUGAGGCUCUUGUUUAUUCUGCAGUGUACCUAAAGGUUUUCCUAUUGCACUUCAUUGUGUGCUUAUUUUAUUUUUGAGGUUACAUUUGUUCAAUAUUUUUUUAAGUUUGACGUUAUUUCUUUCAAAAUUAUGCAGUGGAUUAACACUGGUCAGAUUCCCUGCUUUGAGGAUGGAGGCCAUCAUCGUCCUAAUAGACAUGCUGAUAUUUCCAGACAAAUAUUUCGUCAACUUGAAAGAAUUUCGCAUUCAAAAAAUGCAUCACCUCAGGUAUUCACAUUUCCUUCAUGGGUUGAUUGAUUUUGAUUACACUUUCUUUUGUUCUGCAAGUUUCUCCUUUGCCAAUGCUAACAACUGGCCUCUGAUCAAGUGAACAUAACAAAACCUUGAAUUCGAAUGGCUUCUUUCUUGGGGAAAUGAGGCAAUUUCCAGAAAAUCUUUGAAUCAACUUGUUUAUCCAAGGCUUUAAACCUUCUCAUAUGAACAUCUUUGAAUCAACGUUGGUGUAGUGAAAACACAUUUUAAAGAUUGAUGAUAAAUGCUGAGGUGGGAAAUAGAGUUGGUGAAUCAUUAUUUUACACGGUCUCCUGUGGAAUUGUCCUCUAAUUGUUUUAAAAAAUGAUUUAAGAUUUUUUUCUGUUGAUAAUACUAGCCCAGUUCCUAGAGGGUCAAUCUGAAGGAAUCAAGACGCAUGUGCCAACUUGAAGGAAUUCUUGAGCUCUACAGCCACUCCCUUUUUUAACCAAAAGAACUUGAAACAAAAAAUUAAAGAUAUUAUAUAUGGCGUUGUAGAAGCCCUAUUGCUGUCAUUAUAUCUAUUGUAUUUGUGGAAACCGUGUUCAGUAUAAUCGUAUGAUGUUAUCUGACGUAUAGUGAAAAAUUACACUAAAUUUCAUAUGGAAAGGGAGAGAAAAAAAAAUCUCUGUCAUUGGAGUCUACCUGGUGACCUAAACCUGUACGUUUCUAACAGCAUGGAUUCUCUGAAUCCAAAAGUUUUAUUUAUGAGUAAUUUAUUAGUAAUUUAUUAGUAAGUUGUCAUGGAAGUUUUACGUGAAGAGGGGUUUUGGUUGAGUUAUUCUUGCCAUGGAACAAUUUAAAUUUGAUGCAUUUGAAUGCUUCAUGCCCUGGAUUAACGGUUUUGCUUAGCCUGUGACUUAUCCUGAUUAGUCACCUGGUUGUGGUUAGUUUUGAGGAUUGAGCUCCUUAUAUGAAUAAUCUGGGCGUCUUUUGCAUCUUGAGAUUCUUUUUUGAAGGCUCCAAUUAUGUGGGAAUUGUAUCCAAUCACAGCUUGGGCAUGACAUUUAAUAUGAAACAUAUUUUCUAUUAUAUUCAUUUACAUUAUUAUUGAACAUAUGACAAUUUCAGCGUCUCAAAAAAAUCCUAAUGAAAUGCCUUCGAAAUUUAUUUGAAAUUCCUGAAUUGUUAAAAUGUUAUUGGGCAGAAGUUAUUAAUGAACUUCUGCCAUUUUCAAACUAAGUUCUAAGUCGACAUUCUGAUAAAUAAAAAUCUAGAUAGUCCCACAAUGACUAAGACGUCUUCACGGUUAAAGUGCUGACAACCUGAAUUGGUAUCACAAGAUACUUAAGACACGCCAUGAUGGAUAAAAAAAUUAAUGUCCUAUUCUAAAAAAGAAAAAUGAUUAGUUUUUUAAUUUUUUAUCUCAAAUGUUUUAGGAUAUUACGUCUAAAAAGGGAAAACUGUCAUUUUCUUUGAAUUACACGUGAUGUCAUGGUUUCUCUUUUUCCAUGUCUAGCUUGUGGAAUGCGUUUUCCGUUAAUAGUUUAUCAUGAACUCUUCAACACAUGAUUGCAGCAAUUCUGUGCUAGUGUAUUUUUCUGUUUUUCAUUGAUUUGUUUCUGGACAUGCACAGGAUAUACUUGUGACCCGAAAGAUCCACCCAUGCUUGCCUUCGUUCAAGGCAGAAUUUACUGCAUCAGUUCCUCUAACUCGAAUUCGGGAUAUUGCUCAUCGUAAUGAUAUUCCACAUGAUUUAAAGGUAUUUUUUUUUGUCCACUCUGCAUUAGAGUGAUUAUUUAGAGACAUCUGCCUCUAAAACGCCUUAUUUUUAAUGACCAUCAGCAAGAAAUCAAGCAUACAAUACAAAACAAGCUUCACCGAAAUGCUGGUCCUGAAGAUCUGGUAGCUACAGAGGCUAUGCUAUCUAGGAUCACCCAGAAUCCUGGGGAAUAUAGUUCAGCAUUUGUUGAGCAAUUCAAGAUAUUUCAUCUUGAGCUUAAAGAUUUCUUCAAUGCUGGAAGGUUUAUUAAGUGCCAUGCUUCUGAUGACUAUUUGUUUUAGAUUUAUUUCCUUCUGCUUUCGUGGUGAAUUCAAUUUCGUAGAUCACAUUGUUCAGUCAGCCAUUUAGUGGUGCCUAACUGCAGAGAAGUUAAGUUCAGAUCUAUUGUGGCCACUACUUUUUACUACGGACAUACAUGAGUUUAUCCCUCUCAUGGUCUUUGACCUUUUGACUAUAAGUCUACAUAUAAACUAGUUUCAUAAUUAAUUAUUUUUGUCAGAAUUUGGGAUAUAGUUUUAGUACAAUGUGCAAUUAAGGGAACCUAUUGUUGUUAUAGUGGGGAGUGAUGGUUAGAAUUAUAUUUAUAUUUGCUUGCAUCCACGUACCAUUUUCAGGAUAGCUACACUGUGUUUGUAUGGGCUACUUUCUAUGUGUAAGUUAUGGAUAAACCUUACAGAUUCAUUUUUUUUUCACGUCCUCUCUAAUUUAAUUGGUAAAGAGUAUCAGAUCCUUGAUAAACGGGGGAAAGGUUUUGUGCAAAAAUAGGUGGCCAAUAAUACGGUUUUGGCAUGCUUGGAUAUUUUAUCACAUCUAGUCACGGCACCUUGCUUAUCUAUCUAUACGAGAAAGAAAUGAGGAAAAGGUCCACCUCUAAUAUAUAGUUCAUACAUGCGUACUAAAGGAGAACAAUGAACAAGUUAUACUAAUUCAUAUAUUGUCAUGAAUGAACUACUAAUAGUGAACUGUGAAGUCAAGGUUUUAAUUGAACCAGCGCUUUCUCACAACUGUUGUCACUUGAAAUGAUUCUGCUUACUCAAUAAUUUUUUGUUCCCAGGACAAAGUUUGAACUUCUUUAAACUCAAUUGCUAAUGAUAAACUUUGCAGCCUUACUGAACAACUGGAGUCCAUUAGAGAAUCCUUGGAUGGGCAGAGUUUAUCAGCUCUUGAAAAGUAUUUUUCUUGCAAGAAGGUACAUGCUUGAAACAUGGUCCACUUUUGUUCAUUUCUCUCCACUGUAUCUUUUCUUUUGCUGUGAAUGGUUAUCAUUUUCUUUUCAAUGAAUCAGCAUCAAUUCCUUUUCUUCCUCUAUAGCAUGUAGUGUUUUUUAGUCAGUGUCUUUAGUGCAUGCCGCAUACAUUAGGCAUCAUUCGAUAUAUUAUGAUCUCAUAUGCCUUUGACAGAGUCUGGAGAAGAAAGAGGAAUCAAAGAAUUCUUCAGUUGGACAUGGUGUUUUGGAGUUAAUGGAAACCCUAUUGUCAUUAACAGAUUUACGGGAAGUUAUCGUGAAACGUCUUAGUAGUGGUCUUAGAAAUGAUGCCCCUGAUACUGCUAUAGCCAUGCGCCAAAAGGUACAGCUUGUUGAACCUAACUCUAUUUAAAAUCAUUGGUUGCUAUAUAUGAUUUUAGUUUGUAUGACAUUAUAUAUCUGAAUUGACUUGCAGUGGCGUCUUUGUGAGAUUGGCCUUGAGGAUUACUCCUUUUUUCUUUUAAGCAGGUAUGCUUAACCACAGAAAAGUUUCUUUCUGGAAAUGGGUUCUUAACCUGUUUAUUCUUUUUUGUUUCCAUCAGAGGCUUCAACCAAGUAACAGGUUAAUCUGACCCGAUGAAUGAUUUUGGGAACAAUCUUGGUCACGUAAAUAGACCAACUUUCCCAAAGUUUGAACGGAUAUUCAAUUCUUCAUGUCUCGCUGCUAUUUUUUCAUGGGAAUAACCGUGAGUAGUAGGCAGUAUUGGUUACGUUGAUCUCGGAUAACAUAUUUUUACCCUAAAUUUUGGUUACAGAUAAGAUUGUAGAAAUCCAAUCCGUGCGAGUUGAACAUCUCAGACUGAUAUUUGUAUUUUUUUUCAAUUUAGCUUAUAAGUCAUGUUGUGUACACAAUAUGAUGUCAUUUAGCAAUUUAACAAGAAAAAAUUUAGCGCACAUUUCAUCUGUUAAAGGAAAAUUGGGAUAGCAUCAACAGAGUAGAAUGAACUGCACCCAAGGUCACGUCUUGGCAGCUAUUCUGGAUGGUUAUAGUGGUCUUCCAGGCUAGCAUUAAUGUCUUCUGAAGGGUAAUGAUGAGUUUUUGUCUUGUCAUUGUGUCUUGUCAUUGGCUCCGGAGGAGAGUUUCGGGUCAUCCGCAAUAUCAAUUGGGCUCAAAGACAGUCUAGUAGGCGUUUCUUAACAGCUACUAGGCCUUUCCUUUUUCAGACUAAAAAUUGCCUAUGUAUUCUACUAACUAAAGGAAAUCUGUUAGGAUGGGACAAAGGAAUGGAGGACCGGAAUCAUCACAUAUUUUUUCUGUUAUGCCUUUCGCACAUUUAACAGUCUGUUGCAUAUUUUUGGAGUCCUAUGAAUAUAGACCUGUGAAAUGAUGUAAAAUCCUUCGGUGAUAUAUUCUUUCUCUUUUAUUUUAUUGACUCCCCUACGUUUUGUUCAUUAUGAAUUGAUAGAUAUUUACGAGUGGCACUGGUUUACAGAAAUCAGAAGCAUAGGUGACUUAGAUUAAUCAUUUCAAAAAAAUUCAGACAAGAUGAUUAUAGGUUAGCCAAUGACGUGUUGUGGUCCUGCCAGAAUUCUAUUCAGCGUGUUUGAGAUGGUAAAUCAUGGAAAUGGUCAGAAAAGCUGACUACUUUGAUACUCUGAGAGAUGGACUUAAGGAAGGAUGAGCAGAAAGUGUGAGGGAAGGAGGUGGCGGGUAAACGAUAAUUAUAUUUUUCUGAUUUCUUACGUUGAACUGAAAUGCGUGCUUUAAGAGAAAUAUGGCAGUUCUAUGGAACUCUAGUCUAUUCCCUUAUCUCCCCUUUGCAGGCUUCAAUGGGCAUGUUGAUUUGAAAUGGGCUAUCCAUGUGCCUCAGCCAAUGUUCCAACCCUUGUCAGGACUAGCUGAGCUUUGGCUCCCCGAUUCCAGUCAUUGACAUCCUUUCUAUCUUACUUUGUUAAGAUGUACGUGAAAACCUCUCUUUGCAAAUGCAACAUACUUCCACUCCAUAUGUGAAGCUGUUGUUGAAUUCCAUGAACCUAGAAUGUUUUCCUCUUCAUAGAGGUACAAGGAACCGAUGGAUAGACUUGCAUGUCACACAUUAUGGCUUUUGAGAUGCCCACGUGCAUUCAUAUGGAUGCUAGUCGGUCAAGUUUGAGUAGUGCUAAUGUUUGAACAACUAUAUUACUCCUUUGUGCCAUUCUGUAUCUUCAUGUAGGCUUGACUGUCAAUAUCUAUGCCCAUCCACAUCACGAUUUCAUUGCAGCAUUCUGCAUUUGUUUACAAACAACAUCUGGUUUCUCUUCACCAAUUUUUUUCCCCAUUUGAUGUUCUCCAUGUUUCACUUGUGUUUAGUCUUCUCAAUGCGCUUGAAGGUAUGGGAGGGUACACUUGGCUUGCACAGAGUAUAGACUCAAGAAAUACAAGAGCAUGGUACAACCCACUGAGUGCUCUCAUUACCGGCAUUCGCCAUAUUGGCCUCUCAUCUUGGAAGCCAGAUGAAUGCCUAGCAAUAGCUAGUGAGCUUCAUGCAUGGCAACAAAAAGGCUUAUCUGAAAAAGAAGGUUAGAUUUCCAUCAUUAUUUGAUAUGUCCUGUUUGUUUGAAGUCUGCGCUAAUCCAACCCACAAGGCUCUACUAAUGCUGCUUCAUGUAUUAUGCCUAGGUAAUGAGGAUGGUAAGAAGAUCUGGUUGUUGAGACUCAAGGCAACCAUUGAUAGAGCAAGAAGAUUAACAGAAGAAUACUCUGAAUCUCUGCUGCAAAUAUUUCCUGAUAGAGUCGAGGUUGGACUUAUUUUCUUCCUAUGCAUUUCUAUUUCAUGAUUUUUUUCUCAUUAAAUACCUCAAGUCUGCUUGCUAGUCUGAAAUUCAAGAUUAUGACGUGUAAUUCUAUAUUCUUUAGUUCAGGUUCUUGGAAUAAAUUGACUGGGGUUGAAAACUUAAAUAGAGUGGGUAAAACCUUGAAGAUUUUGAGAUUUGAGGUACAUUGCAAUGUAGAGAUAUAUGAACCUGCAAUAUAAAUGCAUUCCAAAAGUAUGUCAGUAGAAAAAUUUGCAUCAUUGGCUGAAUAUUUCCAGGCAAUGUCUCUUAGUACACCGUCUAGUGAACUAUUAGAAUUCAGUUAGAUUUAUCCAUGAGUAGGAUUGAAAAAGAUUAGAUUCCUUAUAUAUUUAAGAUCCGAUUGAAAACCAAAUACCUAGUUAGAACGAUCAUCUAGGUUAUUUCACGUUUCGAGGAAUUGUUGCGAAGCUGUGGACCAGCCAAUUCGUGAAUGAUAUGGUGGUUGAUUGUGAUUUUAUCACCAUGUUCAGAUGAUCACUUCAUACAUUUUUUUUUUCCUUGGCUUCCCUUAAUCUAGUAAUUUGGUUUAAGUUCCAUUUUCUCGCCUACAUAAAUGAAAAGCAGGUUGUCAUGCUUUUAUGCCCAUAUCCAUGAACGAGAAGCAUUUUUUUUACUGAUUUCGUUUCUCUUUCUUAAAGAAAUAUUUUUUCUUUGCUUUUCCAUAUCUAUACAGAAGUUGGGGAAGGCCCUUGGAAUUCCUAAGGACAGUGUAAGGACCUAUGCCGAAGCAGAAAUACGUGCAGGGUAGGCAUCUAAAAAUCGGUCUAAUUUAUUUAAUUCGAUUUAAAAGUACAAAUAUUUAUUCAUUGGUAUGAUUUUGUCCGCCCAUCUGACGCUGUCAAACAUCCACAGCGUCAUAUUUCAGGUUUCCAAAUUUUGCACACUCCUUCUAAAAGCAGCACGAAUUUCUCUUGGAUCUCAAGGCUGGGAUGUUCUGGUUCCAGGAGUUGCCCGAGGAACUCUCUUACAGGUCUGAAUUAAUGAGUGGGUUAACCUGUACAUCUUAUCUGAAUCAUCAAUAGAUGGUACCUCCAAUCUCUGAUGAUUGGAACCCCUAGAUGACAGGAUUUCUCUUCCCUUACUCCCUUAUUAGGACUUUAAUGAAAAUCAGCAAACCCUCAAUACAAUAAUCUGAAAGCCUUCUCUGUGUUGCAGGUUGAAAGUAUUGUUCCAGGCUCUCUACCUGCGUCUGUCACUGGGCCUGUCAUCCUUGUGGUCAACAAAGCUGACGGAGAUGAGGAGGUUCAAAAAUAAUUCUCCAAUAUUUAUUCCCGAGAAUAAAAAGGGCGUCAAUCCCUGAAAAAAUAUAUUUAUGUUAUUUGCAGGUUAAGGCCGCCGGGAAAAAUAUUGCCGGGGUUGUGCUUCUACAGGAGCUCCCUCACCUUUCACAUCUGGGUGUUAGGGCUCGUCAAGUAAUCCAGCAGCUCGAUUUCACUUCUGAUUGCUUUAAGAGUGGUGCCCCUCGGUUUUCAUCACUCUGUUCUAUAAUUUGCAGGAAAAGGUGGUGUUUGUGACCUGCGAAGAUGAUGACAAAGUCGCCGAUAUUCAGAAACUUAUUGGGAAAUCUGUGAGGUUAGUAGAUUCAAUUCUUCACUCGAGUUUUUUUUUACAAUAUUUAGCAAUAGUUUUACAUCUAGCCCAGAAUUUUCGCUCAUCUUUGUCCAAGGAUGGUUAAUAAGCUGAAAUAAUUGCAUGCAACAUAAGGAAACCAGACAAAUAUUUGUGGAAAUACUGCUCCAGAGACACAUUUUAGCGAGAAGUCAUAACCCUAUUCAAGAGACACGUCCUGAGACGAAAACCUAUGAAGAAGUUCAUGCUGCAACCUUCAGGGGAUCCCGAGGGUCACUGGGAAUUCACUCAUCUGUUCUUGAAGAAAAUACCUCAUUGGAAACGACGACCAAACUAUAGUCUCCUUUUAGAUGGCUUUAAGGGCAUGAUGAGAUUGAAUUCCUUCUGCGUAUAUAAACACACUGCACUCUUGAUAUCUUAAAGUAGACAAAUAUUGUUGGAAGAAAAUGGGAAACCGAGGAGACACGGGAAAAUAAAUCUUAUUUAAAAGCCAAUCAGGAUCUUCCACCUUGCUCUAGCAGUAAUAAACUAAUGUAAAUGCUACUAUAUUCCACUCAAAAUCUAACGCAUGAAUCCCUGCAUUGGUUGAUAUUAUUUUCCCCAAAAUGCUACUUACAUAAUAUGAGUUUUUUUCUUUCUUUCUUUCUUUCUUUCUUUCUCUUGAUCAGUCUCUAAUAUGCCAUCUCCCGGUUUUUUACAUGUUGGUCUCCUCGUGUGGGGUAAAGUUUGGAAGCGUUAUCCACCCAUGUGGAUCUCUCUCUGGCUACUUCUAACAAUGUAAAGCAGAGUUCCCCCAAUGAAAUCUUAUCAGCAACCAAUGGAUCAUCUUCCAGUGAUACUUCAAACCCCCCAUCAUAUCUAACGAAAGAGGUGAUAGUUUCCGUCUAUUACUGCCAAAUCUUAUAGAUAUCUCUCUCUCUCUCUCUCUCUCUCUCUCUCUCUCUCUCUCACUCACUUAUCCAAUCACGUUUAAUAUAAUGGAUGCAGCCAAGGGAGGGAGCACUGCACAGGACUGCCCCUAAACCUGUCUUACACCUCACAGAGGCUUCCGUCGAAUUGGCUGGUGCAAAAGCUGCCUCAUGUGGUCGCCUCGCAGCUCUUGCAGCAGAAUCUGAAAAAGGUGAGCGAGUAAUCAUUGUGAUCUUUUUAUAUGGUUUUUUGCCUCCUGUUCUUUAUAUGCCAUCAUUUUAGUAGUAGUUCAUUCAGCUAAUUCUUAGGCCGCUUUCCAUAUUAUACUUAUUGCACAGCCAACUUACACUACCCAAUAGUGAUUCAUCCUCGAUUGUCAAUUGAACAUAGGGGAAAAUCUAAGAAAAAGUUGCUGAAAUCAUCAGAACAUUGUGAUCUAGACAUCAGAUUGAUGUCCACCUUUGGCUAAUCUAUGUCAUGUCUAUCUUAAACAGUAUUUUAUGUUCAUAUUUAUUUUAUAGCUUACACUACCCAGUGGCAAUCUCUGUUCAAAUUGUCAAUGAAACAGGAGAUCUAAUCAUACGUAACGGAAGAUCCAUAAAAAGUUAAAGUUUUGGAAAUUUUUGUGGUCUGAGAAGAUGUCCACCGAUCUUGGCUAAUCUAUCUCCAUGCUUGCUUUAAACAUUAAUUUGUGUUCAUAUUCAUUUCUUGACUCACACUACCGAAAAGUAAUUUUUCCUCGAAUUCUCAAAUGAUCAGAAGAUCUCAUCAUAUACAUGGUGAAAGAUCCAAACAAUAGCUGCUGAAAUCAUAAAAAUAUGUGAUCUGGAAAUGAUCAGUGAUUUUCGUGCUUGUUUGAAGCAGUAAUUCAUGUUCAUAUUUAUUCGAUGACUUUCACUUCCCAGUAGUAAUCAAACCAAAGAUCCAACCCUAACUGUUGGAAGAUCAAAGGAGAAAGAUGAUGAAAUCACGAAAAUUCUUGCAGUCCGAGUACCAGAAUGACCUCCGCUUCUGGCUAAUCCCCCCGAUAUCUUGGGCUAUUCUUGCUUCCACAGUCUACGACGACGAAGGCACCCCGGCUUCAUUCCGAGUCCCUUCCGGCGUGGUGAUCCCCUUCGGAUCGAUGGAGUCGGCGCUGGCGAAGAGCGGGUCCCUAAAAUCCUUCACCUCGCUCGUAGACGGCCUAGAGACGGCGGAGCUCCACGGCGGCGAACUCGACGGCCUCUGCUCCGAGCUCCAGUCGCUGGUCUCCUACCUGCGGCCCUCCAAGGAGAUCUACGGCGUGAUCCGACGGGCCAUCCCCGGCGAGCCGCGGCUGAUCGUGCGGUCAAGCGCCAACGUGGAGGACCUCGCCGGCAUGUCUGCGGCGGGGCUGUACGACUCCAUCCCCAAUGUCAGUCUCGCCUCCCCCCUCGUCUUCGGGGAGGCCGUGGGCCGCGUGUGGGCAUCCCUCUACACGCGGCGCGCGGUGCUGAGCCGCCGUGCCGCCGGCGUGCCGCAGAGGGACGCCGCGAUGGCCGUGCUGGUUCAGGAGAUGCUCUCCCCGGACCUGUCGUUCGUGCUGCACACGAUGAGCCCGAUCGACCAGGACCCCACCGUGUUGGCGGCGGAGGUGGCACCGGGGCUGGGGGAGACGCUGGCCUCCGGCGCGCGCGGCACGCCGUGGAGGUUUGCGCUGGGGAAGAUGGACGGGGCCGUGAGGACCGUGGCGUUCGCGAACUUCAGCGAGGAGAUGGUGGUGCUGCAGGCGGGGCCGGCAGACGGGGAGGUGAUACGGCUCACUGUGGACUACAGCAAGAAGCCGCUCACCGUGGACCCGCUCUUCCGGCAGCAGCUCGGGCGCCGGCUCUGCUCCAUCGGGUUCUUCCUGGAGCAGAAGUUUGGAUUCCCUCAGGACAUCGAAGGGUGCGUCGUAGGUAAGGACGUCUUCAUCGUCCAGAGCCGCCCUCAGCCAUGA